AUGGGUCGGGUCUCGUUCGCUGAAGAUACCAAACAAUGCGACAGUAUUGAAGCAGAGUACACGCCCAGUGUCUACGAGUACGAAAACACUCCGGACAACAAGUCAUGGGCGGGUGCGCUCCCUAAGAAGCAGGGUCUCUAUGACCCGGAGUUGGAGAAGGAUGCGUGUGGUGUCGGUUUCGCUGCCAACAUCAAGGGCAUUGCGAGCCACAAGAUCGUCAGCGAUGCUCGAAACCUUCUGUGCAACAUGACCCACCGCGGUGCGGUCGGCUCGGACGCCAGAGAUGGUGACGGUGCGGGUGUCAUGACCUCCAUCCCUCACAAGUUCUUCAUCAAGAACUUCGAGCGGGACCAGGGCAUCAAGCUGCCCCCUCAGGGCCAGUAUGCCGCAGGCAACUUGUUCUUCAAGCCGGACACGGAGAUAUUGAAGGAGACGAUUGCUACAUUUGAGGAGAUUGCGGAUUCUCUUGGGUUGCGGGUUCUUGGGUGGCGAGAGGUUCCCAAGGAUUCGACGCUGCUGGGACCGGCGGCGCUCUCGAGGGAGCCCAUCAUCCUGCAGCCGUUCGUCGUUGCUAGGGAUGCCUAUGGCCCCAGCAAUGCGCCGAAGGAGACGUACUCCAAGGAGUUUGACGAGCCGUGGUUUGAGAGGCAGCUGUAUGUGCUGCGCAAGAGGGCGACGCACGUCAUUGGUCUUCACAACUGGUUUUACCUUUGCUCUUUGAGCAACAAGAACAUCGUCUACAAGGGACAACUUGCCCCCGUCCAAGUAUACGAAUAUUACCACGAUUUGGUCAAUGUUGACUACGAGGGCCACUUUGCUCUCGUUCACUCCCGUUUCUCGACCAACACUUUCCCUAGCUGGGACCGUGCUCAGCCUCUGCGGUGGGCGGCCCACAAUGGUGAAAUCAACACCCUGCGCGGCAACAAGAACUGGAUGAGGGCCCGUGAGGGUAACCUGAAGUCCGAUCUCUUCGGCGAUGAGCUCGAACUGCUGUUCCCCAUCAUCGAGGAUGGCGGUUCCGACUCUGCCGCCUUCGACAACGUGCUCGAACUUCUCACGAUCAACGGUGUUCUCUCUCUCCCUGAGGCUGUUAUGCUCAUGGUUCCUGAAGCAUGGCAGGGCAACCAGGCCGUGGACCCUGCGAAGCAGGCUUUCUACGAAUGGGCUGGCUGCAUGAUGGAGCCUUGGGAUGGACCCGCUCUUUUCACUUUCGCUGACGGCAGGUACUGCGGUGCGAACCUUGACCGCAACGGUCUGCGUCCUUGCCGUUACUACGUCACGGACGACGACCGCAUCAUCUGCGCGUCUGAAGUCGGUACCAUCGGCAUUGACCCGGAGCGCGUUGUCCAGAAGGGCAGGCUGCAGCCCGGAAGGAUGCUUCUCGUCGACACCGUUGCAGGACGCAUCGUCGAUGACGCCGAGUUGAAGGCCACUGUCGCCAACAGGCACGACUUCAGGGCAUGGAUUGACAAGCACCUGCUCACCAUGCAAGGCAUCUACGGCGCUCUCACUCAGAAGGGCGAGGAUCUCUCGCACACCAUCACCGAGACCAAGAUUCAGGAGGACCCCCGCCUAAAGGCUUUCGGCUACUCGCUGGAGCAAGUCAGCCUGCUCCUUGGCCCCAUGGCUGCCGACUCUAAGGAAGCCCUUGGAUCCAUGGGUAACGAUGCUCCGCUUGCCUGCUUGGCUGGUCAGCCUCGCCUACUCUACGAGUACUUCCGCCAGCUCUUCGCUCAGGUUACCAACCCCCCGAUCGAUCCCAUCCGCGAGGCCAUCGUCAUGUCUUUGGAGGCAUAUGUUGGUCCCCAGGGUAACCUGCUCGAGAUGGACGAGACCCAGGCACACCGUCUCCUCCUUCCCUCUCCUAUUCUCUCGGUCGAGGAGUUCAACGCACUGAACAACAUGCAUAUCGUUCAGCCCGAGUGGACCAGCAAAGUGAUUGAUAUUACUUUCCCCAAGAAGGCCGGCGUUCAGGGCUAUCUCGAUGCUCUGGACAGCAUCUGCAACGCUGCGACGGCGUGCAUCGAGGAAGGCCACAGCAUCCUGGUCCUUUCUGACCGCGCCGUCUCUGCUGACCGCGUUCCGGUGUCUGCUCUGCUGGCUACCGGUAUGGUUCACCACCACCUUGUGAGGAACAGGUGGCGGUCCCAGGUUGCGCUUGUUGUCGAGACUGCUGAAGCUCGUGAGGUUCACCACAUGUGCGUUCUCGUUGGUUAUGGCGCCGAUGCGAUCUGCCCGUACCUCGCUAUCGAGUGUAUUCUCAAGAUGCACCGCGAGAAGCUCAUCCGCAAGAAGCUUGAGCCCAAGCAGCUUAUUGACAACUACAAGCACUCUUGCGACGGUGGUAUCCUGAAGGUCAUGUCCAAGAUGGGUAUCUCGACCCUGCAGAGUUACAAGGGUGCUCAGAUCUUCGAGGCUCUUGGUAUCGACGACGCCGUUGUCGACCGCUGCUUUACCGGCACUGCCAGCCGUAUCAAGGGUAUGACCUUUGAGCUUAUUGCCCAGGAUGCCUUCGCGCUUCACGAGAAGGGUUUCCCCAGCCGCCCGAUUGUCGAGGUGCCCGGUCUUUCUGAGACCGGCGAGUACCACUGGAGAGACGGUGGUGAGCCCCACGUCAACGAUCCGACUGCUAUCGCCAACAUCCAGGAUGCCGUUCGUUCCAAGAACGACAAGUCUUACGAGGCCUACUCUAAGGUCGAGUACGAGCGCAUCAAGGACUGCACUCUCCGUGGUCUUCUGGACUUCAACUUCGAGGAGUGUACUCCUGUGCCCAUCGAGCAGGUUGAGCCUUGGACUGAAAUCGUCAGACGCUGCGUCACUGGUGCCAUGUCUUACGGCUCCAUCUCCAUGGAGUCUCACUCGACUAUCGCUGUCGCCAUGAACCGCCUCGGUGGUAAGUCCAACACUGGCGAGGGUGGUGAGGAUGCCGAGCGUAGCGCGAUCAUGGAGAACGGAGACACCAUGAGGUCCGCUAUUAAGCAGAUUGCCUCUGGUCGUUUCGGUGUCACUAGCCACUACCUAGCCGAUGCCGACGAACUCCAGAUCAAGAUGGCUCAGGGCGCUAAGCCCGGUGAGGGUGGUGAGCUGCCUGGCCACAAGGUCUCUGGCCCCAUUGCGAAGACCCGCCACUCCACCCCUGGUGUUGGUCUGAUCUCGCCUCCUCCUCACCACGACAUCUACUCCAUUGAGGAUCUCAAGCAGCUCAUCUACGACCUGAAGUGCUCCAACCCUCGCGCUCGCGUCUCCGUCAAGCUCGUGUCUGAGACUGGUGUGGGUAUCGUUGCCUCCGGUGUCGCCAAGGCCAAGGCUGACCACAUUCUGAUCUCCGGCCACGACGGUGGUACCGGUGCCUCCAGGUGGACUGGUAUCAAGUACGCCGGUCUGCCCUGGGAGCUGGGUCUUGCCGAGACUCACCAGACUCUGGUCCUGAACGAUCUCCGUGGUCGUGUCAUCGUCCAGACCGAUGGCCAGAUCCGUACCGGUCGCGACGUCGCCAUUGCUACCCUGCUUGGUGCCGAGGAGUGGGGCUUCGCUACUACCCCUCUGAUCGCCAUGGGCUGUAUCAUGAUGAGGAAGUGCCAUUUGAAUACUUGCCCUGUCGGUAUUGCCACCCAGGAUCCUGAGCUCCGGAAGAAGUUCACGGGUACCCCCGAGCACGUCAUCAACUUCUUCUACUACAUCGCCAACGAGCUGCGUGCCAUCAUGGCCAAGCUUGGUUUCCGCACCAUCAACGAAAUGGUUGGACGUUGCGAUGUCCUCAAGAUCCGUGAUGACCUCCGCACUGCCAAGACGGAGAACAUUGACCUCUCGCUCAUCCUUACUCCGGCUCACACCCUCCGUCCUGGCGUUGCUACCUACAACGUCCGCAAGCAGGAUCACCGCCUCCACGUCCGCCUGGAUAACAAGCUCAUUGCCGAGUCUGAGCUUGCUCUCGAGAAGGGUCUGCCCACUCGCAUUGAGUGCGACAUUGUCAACACUGACCGUGCCAUGGGUGCCUCUCUGUCCUACCAGAUCAGCAAGAGGUACGGCGAGGCCGGUCUCCCGCAGGAUACCAUCCACGUCAACAUCAAGGGUUCUGCUGGUCAGUCGUUCGGUGCCUACCUGGCUCCUGGUGUUACUCUCGAGCUUGAGGGUGAUGCCAACGACUACGUCGGCAAGGGUCUUUCUGGUGGCCGUCUCAUCGUCUACCCUCCCAGGUCGGCUGUCUUCAAGGCUGAGGAGAACGUUCUCAUCGGUAACGUCUGCUUGUACGGUGGUACUCGCGGCACUUGCUUCUUCCGCGGUGUCGCCGCUGAGCGUUUCGCCGUCCGUAACUCUGGUGUCACUGCCGUUGUUGAGGGUGUCGGUGACCACGGUUGCGAGUACAUGACCGGUGGUCGCAUUCUCAUUCUCGGCUCCACUGGCCGUAACUUCGCUGCCGGUAUGUCUGGUGGUAUUGCCUACGUCCUCGACAAGCACAACGACUUCGAGAGCAAGGUCAACCAGGAGAUGGUUGAGCUCUCCGGUCUGGAGGAUCCGACCGAGAUUGCCUUCGUCCGCGGUCUCAUCGAGGACCACCACCACUACACUGGUUCCGAGCUGGCUGCCCGCAUCCUGCUUGACUUCAACCGCGCUCUGCCCCGUUUCGUCAAGGUUCUCCCCACCGACUACAAGCGCGUCCUUCAGGAGGAGGCUGCCAAGGCCGCCGAGGCCAAGAAGCAGCAGUACCCUCUGCCCAUCCUCCCUGGCAACCCCAUGCGCACUGCUCACGAGGAGUCCAAGAAGAAGGAAGCUGAGAAGGAGAAGAAGAAGAGCGACCUUCUUGACAUCGAGGAGAGUAUCAGCGAUGCCAAGGCCGAGAAGAAGCGUUCUGCUCUUGUCCUGGACAAGACCAAGGGCUUCAUGAAGUACCAGCGCCGUUCUGAGAAGUACCGUAACCCCAAGACUCGCACCCGUGAUUGGCAGGAGCUGUCUUCGCGUCUCACCGAGGACGAGCUCAAGUACCAGACUGCUCGCUGCAUGGACUGCGGUGUCCCCUUCUGCCAGUCUGACAGCGGUUGCCCGAUCUCCAACAUCAUUCCCAAGUGGAACGAGUUGGUCUUCCAGAACCAGUGGCAGGAUGCGCUUAGGCGUCUGCUGAUGACCAACAACUUCCCCGAGUUCACCGGUCGUGUCUGCCCCGCUCCUUGCGAGGGUGCUUGCGUUCUGGGCAUCAACGAAGACCCUGUUGGCAUCAAGUCUAUUGAGUGCGCCAUCAUUGACCGUGGUUUCGAGAUGGGCUGGAUGGUCCCUUCGCCGCCCAAGAACCGUACCGGCAAGAACGUCGCCAUCAUCGGCUCCGGUCCUGCCGGUCUUGCCGCCGCCGACCAGCUGAACAAGGCUGGCCACACCGUCACCGUCUACGAGCGUGCUGACCGUAUUGGUGGUCUUCUCAUGUACGGUAUCCCCAACAUGAAGCUCGACAAGAAGGUUGUUCAGCGCCGUGUCGACUUCAUGGCGGCUGAGGGCAUCAUCUUCAAGCCUGGUGUUGCUGUUGGCGAGGGUGACGUCACCCUUGACUCUUUGAGGGCUAAGAACGAUGCGGUCAUUCUGGCCACUGGUGCCACCGUCGCCCGUGACCUGCCCAUUACCAACCGCAAGCUCGAGGGCAUCCACUUCGCCAUGGAGUUCCUCCACAAGAACACGAAGUCCCUCCUCGACUCCAACCUGGCUGAUAACGCUUACAUCUCGGCCAAGGACAAGCACGUUGUUGUCAUUGGUGGUGGCGAUACUGGUAACGAUUGUAUCGGUACUUCUCUCCGUCACGGCGCCAAGUCGGUCACCAACUUUGAGCUGCUGCCUCAGCCCCCGCCGGAGCGUGCCCGUGACAACCCAUGGCCUCAGUGGCCCCGUAUCUACCGUGUGGACUACGGUCACUCUGAGGUCAAGACCCACCACGGUAAGGACCCGCGUGAGUACUGCGUCAUGUCUAAGGAGUUCGUCGACGACGGCAGUGGACGCGUCAAGGGUAUCAACACCAUCCGUGUCGAGUGGACCAAGAACGCCACUGGCGGCUGGGACAUGAAGCAGGUCGAGGGCAGCGAGCAGUACUUCCCUGCUGACCUUGUCCUUCUCUCUAUGGGUUUCUUGGGUCCUGAGGACCGUGUUCUUGGCAGCGGCAUCGAGAAGGAUGCGCGCAAGAACGUCAAGACUCCUCCCGGCAAGUACAACACCAACAUCCCCGGCGUCUACGCCGCUGGUGAUUGCCGUCGUGGCCAGUCCCUCAUCGUCUGGGGCAUCAACGAGGGCCGCAUGUGCGCUCGCGACGUCGACACCUUCCUGACGGGCGUUGGCACUCAGCUACCCGUCACUGGCGGUAUUGUCAAGCGUCCUCCGUAUGAGCUCAUGACCCAGAAGACUGCUCCCAAGGAGCUCAUCACCGCCUCCGCUUAA